AUGGCAGUUUCUCUAUGGAAAAAAAUAUUUCGAACUACAAAGGAAAGGAUACUACAGCAGAGAAGGGUAUCACUGUAUAAUGUUGUUCAUGGCUAUGAGGAAGAAUUGAUAAAGAAGAAACUUCAGCAGUUUGCUGGUGGAUCCAUCAACCUUUCCAAAGAAGAUAAUGGCAUUGGAAUACUUACCUUGAACAACCCACAGCUAAUGAAUGCCUUCACAGGCACUAUGAUGCUAGAGCUCCAGGAGAAGGUAGCUGAACUGGAAAACUGGAAGGAUGGCAAAGGCCUUAUCGUCUGUGGUGCGGGAAAUACUUUUUGUUCAGGAUCUGAUUUGAAUGCUGUCAAAGCAAUAUCCAACAGCCAGGAUGGGAUGAAUAUGUGCAUGUUUAUGCAAAACACCUUAACCAGACUCAUGAGAUUGCCAUUGAUCAGUGUUGCACUAAUCCAAGGAAAAGCUAUUGGAGGAGGAGCAGAGCUUACCACAGCAUGUGAUUUCAGGUUGAUGACGCCUGGCAGCGAAAUUCGAUUUGUCCAUAAGCACAUGGGUCUGGUUCCCGGCUGGGGGGGAGCUGCCAGGCUGGUGCGAAUCGUUGGCAGCGGGGCUGCCCUCCGCCUGCUGAGCGGGGCCCUCAGGGUGGACCCCGAAAGAGCGCUGCGCCUCGGGCUUUCGGAGGAAACCUUGCUGUCCUCAGAGGAAGGCGGAUCGCUGCAAGAAGCUCGAGCCUGGCUGAGUCAGCACACAGAGGGUCCAGCUAGCGUGAUCCGGGCUGUGAAACAGGUGGUCACUGCAGGAAGAGAGCUGCCGCUGGAAGAUGCCUUAAGGACAGAGAAGGACGUUUUUGGAACUGUGUGGGGUGGGCCUGCCAAUUUGCAGGCACUGGUUAGAAGGCCAAAACAUAAAUGAUGGUCAAUGCACGAGGAAUGUUCUUGAUAUUUUUUUGCAAAGCUUUCCCUGAAACAGGUGUUAAAACUGAAUCAUUUAAUGCCAGUUUAAAUGAACAAGUUCUUAACAUUCCUGUCAUUCGUGUCUGGCAGACGUUUUUGGUGUGCAACUGCAGAGAAAUUGCCAGAAAAUUUACUGUUCUAAUCACCCACUGAAUGGAGAUUAGUGAAAUUAGUAUGUAAAGGUAAAUACCGUGCUGAGAAUAGAACUAUAAUUCUUUUGGAAUGAGGCUGAAGAUUAUUUUCUUUGGAGUUAAUUUUGUUUUUCUAACUGGUAUGGAAAUGAAUUGCAUGAGAGAUGAGAGCUUUAUUUAUUUACAGAACAGGUGCACCUAAAGCUGUAAAACCUGAGUUCCCAAACGUGUGGCCAGUGUCUUAAAGCAACUUUGUAGGGCUGGUAACCGGUGAGAUGGUAUUUUUACUUUUUUCAUCUUUGGUCAGUUCUGGUUGUAAUUGGUGAGAAGGUGGUAUGGCAUUUUUCAUGGUGGUUAUUAUAUAGAAGCAGCUCUAACUCACUGAAGAGCUUGUAGCCCUUGUUCACUGACAUGGAUCCAAAUCUUGAAAUGCAUCUAGGUGUCUACUGACUGCUUUGGGAACCAACGAUCUUGCAUACGCAUCUGCACAUUCCCACAGCCUGGAUCUGAUACUGAGCACGUGCAAAGCUGCUGACCUGAUUCUUCACUUAAAAUAUAGUUGAAAUCUUAGAAAGCAGUGAUGCGUAAUGCUCCCAGAUGGUAUUUUUUUGACUGGGUGGUCUCAGUACUUCAGCGUUCUGGAAGGACUUGUCUUCCUUUUAAAGUACUUUUACUCAUAGGGCAUAUUUGGGCUGUGAAAGACCAGACAACAUGGAACCCGGUAUCCAUGCCAGUGACUGUGUGAAUAACCAGGUAACUCAGUGGGGAAAGUUUUCGCUUUAGAAAUUAGAAACUGAGACCGAGUCCCUGCUUUGGGAGAUGAUUCUUGGUUUAAAAUUAAAUAUCUUUGGCAGCAAAAACGUACAGACAUAUCCAUGACUGAGGGUUUCCUGGAUUGUUGAUUGGAAGGCACUUGUCUCUAAAUCAAGCAGGGUCGAUACCUGAGCCUGGGACCCGUGUACCCCCCAAGGGAGCAUGUUCAGGAGGAAACUCUGGGAUGUUUUGCAUUGACGUGCAUUCUUGCUGUGACCAGGCAUAACUAACAGGUAUGUGGUACAAGCUCCCUUAGGAAAAUGAGGUGAUUCCUUGCAGGGAAAUCCAUGUUAUGGUAUCUACAGUGUGGCAGAAUUACUGAGUUUGAGACGGUGAGGAUCUUGGGGCAGAUAACGAUGGGAAUUAGGCUUGGAUUGCCUGCUAAGAUUCUAAAGCUUUUGAGCAGAUGCUAUGCUCCGCUGGGUAUUUUAUUAUAUGGCUUUCAUAGUGGGGAACGUGUAUAGCCUGAAGCAACGCUAAAGAAAGGGAAGUGUUCUGAGCUGGCUCCUCAGAGAUAAGCACUUUACCCUGUCCUGUUGAUCCUUCCUUUCUGCCAUUGCACCUGAAACUGUUGAAAGAUUUCAAACCUCUCUUCCCCAGCAGUAACAUUUAAUGUUUACUUCCAAGUUAGAGAGAGGAAUGGGAAUGGGGUAGUGGUCUGUUCUGUGCUCCACCCUUUUGUUCUAUCCAACAGCUCACUGACAGUCCAGUGCUGCUGGAUUCUCCCCUGGAUUUCAAGCCCAUGACUUAGGAGGUAAGGAUGUUUUAAUAUAGUAAGGCAAAACGUAACUAUCGCUUUGUUAUUAGUCAAAAAAAAAAAAAAAAAAAAAAAAAAAAGACUUUCAAUGGCAGCUAGUUAGGUCCUUUAUAGCAACAAGAAUAAAUUUGCCAUUACUAACACUGUGAUUAUGUUUUUUAAAAUGGGUGUGAAUACUACUUAGAACCUGAACAAGACCCUUGAAUAUUUUAUUUUUCAGGUGUCAGGCUGUAAGGUCCAAUAGCAUAUUCUGCAAACUGCAUGAUAUGAAUUUGGAAGGGAAGAAACUGUAGCAGAAAAGCAGCCUGUUUUACUUGCACGUUCUGAACUAGACCAGUGCUGAGACUUAAGUGUAACAUAGUAUCUCUAUCUACUGGGGACCUUUUCCCAGUUCAGUUUGGAGAGCAUGAGUUUACUUCUCAUUUCAGCAAAUGCAUUUCUCCAGCUAUCCUCUCUGAUUUGUAUCAAAGCCAAUGCUUGCUCCUAAUAACAGCACAGAUAAUUAACUGGUGCUAGAAAUGGCUAAGACGCUUUCAGAAAAGGUUACAGAAACUCAUUUUGUCCUCUGAUCUGUUGGAAUCACAAAUAUACCAAACACUGCUAUAGGAGAUUCUCAAGGUAAUUAUAGGUGUUUGUUUUGAUCAAGGAUUUUUGUGCUCAGCCUAAUACUGUAUUCUAUAUUUUUUUCUGUUUUAAAAGCAAGUGUAGCCCUUAUUAUGAAAACCAGUCUAACUAAAUUACCAUGAGUGAUAUCACAAGGGCUCCAGGCUGAGAUGAAAUGGAAUCCCAUUUUAGCAAUUGCAAACCUAAAUGCUCAAUUUCAUAGAUCACUUUAUUAUAAUCUUACAGUGACAAAUACCUGUAAUGCCAGCUAAUAAGCAUUUAUAUAUAUAUAUAUAUAUUACAAUUUAUUAAAGACUACAAGCUUCACUUUUUUGUUCCCCUUAAGAAAUGACCUAAAACCAAACAAGCGCUAAAUGCACAGAAUGAAUUAGAAACCCAUGUUCAAAAUUGAUCCUCCCAGUCUCCUAAUUAAACGGAGCGCUAGCUCUUCUAUUUCCUAGGGGCUAGUUUGCCAGCUCCCUCCUCAGCAAACGAGGUUUCACAUUACAUUGUGAGACGCCUGUCUUGUUCCUUGCCUCUGUGUAUUGGGACACCCCGAGUACUUAAUGGGGGUGUAGAUUCUGAGCCAAGUGUUCAAUCGCCUGAUAUGGUCACACUGGGGAUCACUUUUAGCAAUACUGAUACUUUCCCAUAUUUGCCGCAGAAAUAUACAUACCAAACGGGCAACCAAGGUGUUCCUCCUGAACGCGUGGUUUGCUGUGUGUUUUUUACUGUGCUGGAGGAGUCCUGUAUCUGUAGCUAUCUGUUCUGGAACUGAAGAGAUGCAGCACAGACUUUACAGUAUUUUAAUAUCCUCUUUCCAUUCAGUCUUUCUAUAGAUAUCCUCUACAAGUUGAAAAAUCGUGUAAUGCAUAGAGUCACAGAAAAACAUACAAUGCAGUGUGGCUAAAAUAGAGAACAGGUUUCCUACUGAUGGUAAUGAUUUAAAUAUGAGGUGGGAAUUCCUGGUUACUGUGUCUUCCUAGGUUGAUCUGGGGUGUGUAUUUGCCACUCUGAUGAUUAGCUGUUAAGCACUUAUCAGCCUUACUUUAACUAAUUUCGGUAAUUCACAGCUGCAGUCAGCCAGCAGGAACCAAAGGCAGCAUCAUGGGUGUUUGGCCUGAAUGGAGGCCUGCCUCUACUUUGGUCAAGAACCCCCAUGGAUAACCGCUAAUAAAAUUCAUUGUAGGUUAUUUGUGCUGAAAGUCCUCAAAUUGAGCAUAUAUAGUAAGGCUUGUAUUUUGCAUGUAACAGUGCAUUAACCUCGUGUUAAGUGAAAUGCAUGCGAUUACCAGAAGCAUUCUUACUGUGUGUUUUUACAGCACAGAGUUAGAUUUUGAUUAGAGCCAUUGUAUGCUAACGAGAAAGAAAAAAGGUGACAACUAACAAAUGGAAGACAGUCCAAGUUCUUUCCUUCCAAAGUCCACAUUACUGGCUUAUUUCCUUAUGGAACUAUUAAACGGUAAGAAAGUACUACUCCUUAUUCCAUCUAAGCCUCCUGUGCCAUCUCCUUUGUUCGCUGGACCCACUGUCUCACGUUGCAGGCAAAAAAUAAACCCCAGAAACUGGAAGACUUGCACAGCCUUGUACAUGAAUGGGCAUUUCAGCCAUUGUUAUAGUAAGGAAAACAUCUUAGAAGCUUAAGUCUACCAUUUUUAGCACCUUUUGUUUCAAGAUUUGAAAUAAUUGCAUUUCAGCUAUUGCCCCUUUCUAUUCAGGGAUAUAUGCACUAAGAAUUGGGAUUUAAUUAGCUUUAUUUUAAAGAUUAAGCCAACAGAUGACCAACCAGCAUUUUUCAGAAUAACAAAUAAGUGCCAUAG